AAUGAGAAUUUACAUUUUAAUAUUAUUUAUAUUAAUUUCCGUACUUUUUCCAUUUAUAUAAAUUUUAUAUAUGCAUUUCUGUAAUCAUCAGAUUUACGAAGUGGAAAUUGAAUUUUGAUUACAUUCAUAUUUCGUUCACAUUUUUAUUAUUUUCGUAUGUAAUAAAUAUACUCACGUAUGAACCAAUAAAGAAUGAAACAAACAUUUUUACUAUAAUUACAUAAUGUUUCUAUAUUAUACCAUCUUAAUAAAUUAAUUCUAUGCACGGCAAAAUAUCAUUUUUCAUUUUAAAUAUAUUUGGAAAUGUCCCUGACAUCCUCCAUCGUUGAACGUGAUAAUCACGUGCUCACGUUAAUCGAAGCUGAUUAAAUUUUCAAAGAAGACCUAGCUUAACGAAAGCGGCGAAGAAAGGUAUAAGUAUAAAUGCAUAAAAUCCAUUGCAUUUUCAUUACGUUAAACAUUUUUGAAAUCAAUAUUUCUAAUCGCAUGAAACAUUUACAUUUUAUCGAAGUAAACAAAUAUUCGAACAAAGUUGCAAAGAUUCCAAUUCAAUUGUUGCAAAAAAAUUUAACUUCUACUAUUGUCUUUAACAAUAUUAAUGAAUGAAUGAUUUUUCUUAUGGAUCACUUAUCAAUAGACAUUUCUAUCAAAGAUGGUGACACCAAAUUUAACCCUCUUACUACGCAGGAGUUUCAUCGCAAUCAACCAUCGCUACUUGUCGAACAAGAUGCCAGGACAAUUCAAAGAAAUCCAAGCAAAACGUGCAACAUUCGGAAUGGGAUGCUUUUGGGCUGGCGAUUGUCUUUUUGGCGUUUUACCCGGUGUAAUUAGGACUUGCGUUGGCUAUGCCGGAGGACAAAAGGAAUCACCAAUUUAUAGAAAUAUUGGAGAUCAUACGGAAGUCGUCGAUAUCGAAUAUAAUCCAGACAUAAUAUCAUAUACACAAUUACUCGCUUUAUUUUGGCAGAAUCAUGAAUAUGGUCUCACUACAAAGAUCAAGAGACAGUAUAUGUCACUGGUUUUGUAUCAUGAUGAAGAACAAAAGUUGCUAGCUGAAAAGUCACGUGAACAAGAACAGCAGAAACGUACAAAUCUAAUUCUCACCGAGAUAAGAAAAUUCGAAAAGUUCUACCCGGCUGAGGAUUAUCAUCAAAAGUAUCGACUUCGAAAUCAUCCAUGGCUAAUCGAAACUACUGGUCUCACCAGCGACGAAGUUCUUCGAAAUUCACCUUUAGCUGCUAAAUUGAAUGGUUACAUUGCUGGUGCUGGAACGGUCGAACAAUUUGAAAAAGACUUACCUAAUCUUGGUUUAAGUGAGAAAGCUGCGCAGUAUUUACAGAAAUAUGUAAUCGAGAAUCAAGGAAACGGUUUAUAUUGCUAGCUUAAGAAUGUUUAAUAAUUCUUCGUAUGUAGUACAGAUCAAAUAGGAUUUAUUUCCUCGUAA